AUGAUUUUCUAUGGCUUCCAGGAGUUUGUGACUCAUGGUUUUGUGGCUUUGAUGCUGGGAGCGACGCUGGCGCUGAUCUUGGCGGGUACAGCGGCUUUGAUGGUCUUCAUCCUGCUGAAGUGGGUCCUGGUUGGCAGGCUGGAGCCAGGGCGCAGGCCGAGCUGCUGGAGGCUGGUGACCUGGAUCUUGCCCAGCGCGCAGCUCUUCAUCUCCUCCGUUCCGGAGUGCCUCCUACGUUUGGCGCUCCUCCUGCUGGGUGCGAACGUGAGCUCGGACGCCUUCCUGACGAUGCCCAGCUGGUUGACGGCGCUGAAAGGCGGUGAGCUGGUCACCGUGGAGUCCCAGAGCUUCCUGGGAGGCCUGGCAGAUUUUGCUCUCGAAGGUGAAGAGCAGUUGCACUCAGUGCGCAUUCGCCAAAAGUGCUAUUUGGGCGCUGGGAGCUAUCUCGAUUUUGGAUGUUGCAUGGAUGAGGGCGCUUCAGUGGCAGCGCUGAGCUACCUGCCGCCCCGGUCCCAGCUUCAAUCUGCUCGGACCUACCUGGGGAACCCCGCCACCGCACACGCCUCCGCGUGGACUGCGAGGAAUCCGAACGUGGCGCCUGACGGGGUAGGGUGGGCUGAGUGGGUGUGGCAGGAGGUUUUCCUAUCCACUGUGCAGAGAGCAAUCAGCUUGCAGCCUUUGCUGCUACCCUUGUUUUUUUCCUUUUGGACCAAGUACUUCUUUUCUCCGGCAUCUUCUUCCUCGGACCUUCGAACCUUUGCCACCAGCUUCUGCCUGAUCAGCAUCGCUGGAUAUUUUCUGGGCCUCCUGCUCUGCGUGGUCAUCUACUGGUGCUGCGUUGGGACCCUGAAGGCCAUCUGCCGCGACUGGCCGGAGCUGACGCUCACGAAAGGCACUGGGGGCUUUCACCUUUGGAAGACCGUGAUGGAGCUCUUAUUAUUUUCCCGGCUCUGGACUUCCUUGUUGCUCUCCACGCCAUACUUUCCCGUCUUUUUGCGGCUACUGGGCGCACGGAUUGGCAAAGGAGUGAACUUCGAUGAGGAGUUGGGUUUGCACGAGCCGUGGCUCCUGGUGAUGGGCGAUCAUUGCCAGCUGGGCAUGGCACGGCUUUCACCACACUCCCUGGAGAUCGAUGGAUCGAUCACCUUGCAACGGCUCCUGAUUGGCUCCAACGUCUCGCUCCUUGAGGAUGCCACGGUCUUCGGCGGAACCCAGGUACCAGAUCGUUGUGUCCUGGGCUCCUUCUGUCGACCGCUGAAGGGGCAACACUUGCUCGCGCGUGAGUAUCACUCGACGCCCGCUGAGCCGGUAGGAUGA